CCAUGCGUGUACUUGAUUAUACGUUGAAGUUAGUGACCAAACAAGGGGAGUGUUUGAUUCCUUUUUUUUUCUUUGUGAGAAGUUUACGGUCGAUUUAUAUAUAUGAUGUGUACACAACUCCUGGGCUAAUAAUCUCUAGCUAGUCACAUUUGUUGAUUCGGUUACUCAAUCCUACACUCCAAUUAAUGGGGCGCAAACAAUACUGUGGCUCUUCCUCUUCGGAAAGCCCGACUGAAGAGGUGGUAAGAGGAGGAGGAGGAGAAGAGAUUUCCAUUUUUAUUCGAUCUCCCAACGAAGGCACCGACGGAGAAGAAGAAGAAGAAGAAGAAGAAGUAGAUGAGUGGCGAACAAGGGUCGAGAAAAGGUUAGAGGUGGUGAAGAAAUACGCGAUGAAGAUGGCGUGCCCGAAACGAAAGGGGCUGCCGGUGGACAUGUACAACGACGAAGAAAUCCCCGCCAUUUCUGAAAUGCACAUCGAGCAUCGCCCUGUGAAGGCAGUGGCCAUCGGUCCUUACCACCGCGGCGAUAAAGUACUGUUCACCAACGUCGACAAGUGGCGGGUGGUGAGGAUCAUCGCCAAAUGGUACGCCAUCGACCCCAUGGGGUACCUCACAAGAAUGAAGGAGAAGGAAGCGGACGCCCGCAUGUACUAUUCGGCAGAUCUAUCUGAAUUCAACAGCGAAAGUUUUCUAGAGUUGCUGCUCGUCGAUGCCUGCUUCAUUCUAUUCGUGAUAAGUACAUUCGAAGACUACGCCGACGGUAGCUGGUCGAAGGGAGAAGACGGCACGGAGUAUCUGAAUUUGUUGAUGGAUGUAAAAGUAAAUGCGAAGCAGAUCAAGCUCGACUUACUGAUGCUCGAGAACCAGAUUCCUUUCUUCGCCAUCGAGGAGCUGCUUAAAGCUAGCACCAAUCAGGCAAACUUCGAAAAGAACCUGAUCGAAAGCCAGGCGCUUCUUUUCUUCGACGAUAUCUACCCAAGAAGAGACCGAGACAAAGGAAUACGGGACGUUGAUUCCCCGCGGUUCCAUCAUCUUCUCCACCUUUUCCACUGGUCCAGGGUUCCGAGAGGAAAGUACGAAUUCGGCGCGGCGUCACUUUUGUUUCGAAAGACAGAUCUAACACUAGCCAUCCCUAGUGCUACCGAGCUUCGACAGUCGGCGACCAGGUUCAGGAAGGAGGUUUCAGGUAGUUUUCUAGACAUCACAUUCGAGAAUUGCGGAGUGAUGAAAGUCUGCGGGGUCGUGAAGAUCCCCACCUUGCACAUACUCGACUACAGCAGCACCAUCUUUCAUAACCUCGUCGCCUUCGAGAAACAGUACAAGGGGAGCGGGCGCUGCGUCGUAGCGUACUCCGCGUGCAUGGCGCACCUUCUGCAAAGUAAGGAGGACGUGAAGCUGCUCCGAAAGAGCGGCAUAUUGGCGAAUACUAAUGUUAAUGAUAUCGAUGCGGUGAAUUUGUUUGCAAGCUUGAGUGAGGAGAUUGGAGGUUCCCUCAUGCCGGAUGAUCUUCAUGCCCUUUAUUCCCAGGUAACGAAACAUCACAGGCAGUGGAGGAGUAGAUGGUACGGCGAAACCACACUCCAAUAUUGCCCUAAUCUAUGGAUCACUAUUUCGGUCAUCGGGGCAUUGCUCCUCUUUCUUCUCACGGCCGUGCAAACCGUCUACUCAGUUCUAAGCUAUUAUGCUUCCUUGAAGCAUAGUUAAGUCUCUGAUGCGGCCAAUUUGGUGUUGAAGUUUCCUGAAAAAAGGCGACUCUAUCAAGUUUUUUUUUUCUUGAGAGAG